AGGUUCCCACACUUGGAUUUACUGAUAUACAGCACUUCAGAGCUAGGAAGAUACAAUUCCACCCGAAGUAUAUCCCCCAGACUCAGAAUUCUCAUUGGCAUUCAAUGUCUAACCCACGAGUUUGGCUUGUUACUGGUGCUUCUUCCGGCUUCGGAAGACUGAUGUCCGAACUUGUUCUCAGCAAGGGUGACAUUGCAGUGGCAACCGCGAGGAAGCCUGAGACGUUAGAUGAUCUGAAAAUCAAAUAUUCUCCCUCGAAGCUGCUUGUCCUGAAACUGGACGUCACCCAUGCCCAGGAAAUCAAGGACGCUUUCACGGGAAUCCAGGAAACAUUUGGUAGGCUGGACGUGGUCUUCAACAACGCUGGAUACAGUACGAUGGGUGAGGUGGAAGCGACGCCGGAGCAUGUUGCUCGCACGAUGUUCGACACCAAUUUCUGGGGUGCCACAAACGUUAGUGCGGAGGCGGUGAGGUUCUUCCGCGAAGAGAACAGACCUGCUGGGGGGAGAUUGAUCGUUAACUCCUCUGAGGUAGGUGUUCAUGGUCUCGCAGGUUGUGGAUUCUAUUCGGCUACGAAGCAUGCUUUGGAAGGCGUUACCUCCGCCCUGGCGCAGGAACUUGACCCUGAAUGGAAUAUCAAAAUCACUCUUGUGGAACCUGGGACCUUCCGCACUGAGAUUCUCGCGAAACUCGGCGAAGGAUAUAGUCAUCCUGCGUACACCAAGCCGAGUCUCCUUAGCAACGUUAAUCGUGCAGCUCUUCCUGACGAGAAGUUGAUGAAGCAGGCAGAUACGUCCAAAGGCGUGCAAAAGAUAUAUGAUCUCUCCCUACUUCCUAACCCACCUCUUCGGCUACCCCUUGGGAAGGAUGCUGUUGCAAUGGUGAGAGGGGAGGCGAAGAGCAUUUUAGAGGACGCUGCGAAGUAUGAAUCGUGGUCCGAAGGCUUGGAUUUCGACGCAUAAGUGGUAUGUAAAGUUUUACAACACGUAAGAGCUCUUUGUUUCCUUGUUGAAGUUCUGUAUGCCUCUGGCUCUUCGUAUUAGGGGCCGGACUUCUGAGCUACGCCUGCACAAGUCUAUUCGAAUGAAGUGUAUACAUCUGAGCUACGCCUGCACAAGUCUAUUCGAAUGAAGUGUAUACAUCGGGGUCUUCCUGAAACAAAGAUAUUCUGAUAUUCAUGACAUACAGGCAGCGGGUUCCGCUCCUAUUUUCAUAU